AGCCUCACUACAGACUUUUCUCUAGACACGUCCAGUCCGAAGCACACUUCUCCCUCCAAGUCUUCAUGUUCAUAAUCUAAGUCCAGGCACAUAUAUUCAACAAUGGCGUUAUAUUUCCUGAUGGUCAAUGUUCUUGCCACUCUUCUUCUCUAUUACCCAACUUUGAUUCAGGCUGCCACCUUUCAAACUUCCCCCUGGUUGAACACCAGACAGUCGGGAGAGGCAACCCCACAGCCACAGUCCCUAACCGCUCCAUCGAACAUAUCUUUCGCAUACCUGAUCACCAAGACAUCCGCCAAUGAAAACAAUACCGAGUUUUCCGACCACACCAUCUGGGCCUAUCAUAACGGAGCGGGCAUACACGCUGCGGUUGCAACUACGCUCGGUGACCGGACCAAUGCAAUGGCCUGGUUCAAUGAGUCCGGACGUCAUGCGCAGUUCGACUUUGGCGCUCCACUAAACGCCACGCACAACUUUCCCUUCGGAAUGUACCUUAAGCAACAAGAUAUCUAUGGCGAGUGGGGCACCGUCCAGAUUGACCCGGGCUUGGGGAGCGAUUGGGCCAACUUCACCUAUGACGAGGCCACGAUAGGCUUGAGCGUUGAAGAUGAAUAUUUCGGCGGUUGGUUGAUAUGUCAUUGGUACCUCGGGGUUCCACAGCUCUUCUGGAUUCGGGGCGAUCUGAAUGCGACGCCCCCUACUACUUGCGGCCGAGUUAAUCUCUUCUACCGGUGUCACGAUGGACAGAGCAACACUGAAGUCGCGACUGAAGGAUGCUAUCUCCACCCUCCGCGUCCCGUCGCCGAUUGAUCGGAGGAAGAUCUCCUCUGCAAGCUGCUGUUAUGGUGGAGAUCACGUCUCCAGCAUUGGCACUGAAACAUUCAUCAUGGUACAAAUCGUGGGCAUUGCUGUGGGGUUUAGGUCGUAUGGAUUAGCAUAUAACUUCGCCAACAAUAUCAAUUGCUCAUUAUCAACCCGUUUCUCGCACCUACCUUCGUCCCGUGGAUUAUUUGCGAUCGCCACCAGACACCUUGCAACAUCGUUGAUCGGCAGACACCUUGGUAUC